AUGGAGUUCAAACACAGCCAACUGAACCUGGAGCUGGUUCUAGAACCCUCUUCAUAUUCAUAUUCCUCGUCGUCUGCCGUUGAUCAUGUGAUUGGGAGCACUCCAAAUUGUGAUGAUGAUCAGGCGAGGGUGUUCUCAUGCAACUAUUGCAAGAGAAAAUUUUACAGCUCGCAGGCGUUGGGUGGCCACCAAAAUGCGCAUAAGCUGGAGAGGACUCUAGCCAAGAAGAGCAGAGAGAUUAGAGGAGGAGCAUACGCUGGAGAUGAGAGCUGCAACAUGAACAUGAACAUGAUGAUGAACAAUUCGAACCAUCUUUGGAAAAUUGAGACGCCACCAACGGUAAUUGGGCUUUGCCCACGUGGUGGCCAUGAUGCUGCUGCGAGUGGGAGAGAUCAUCAGAUGAGGGCAUGCCGUCCUGAAAAUCAAGACCUUGACUUGUCUUUAAGGCUGUGA